AUGGCGCAAGCCAGCAACAUGGACACGACGGUUGCCUUGCCGCGUCUUGAAGAUUUGCUCCGCCAUCCAGAAGAUCUUGAUAAGAUCAGUGGCUUGAAGGCUGAAUACCUACGAAAGAAGACAGCUGUCGAUUCACGGCUCCGAGAAGGCCUCCGAGAUCAGCUCGAGGCGGUACAACGCAGCAUUGGCGCUUUGACAGAGGGUCAGCGUCAAGUUUCGAAGACGAAAGAUGAGCUUCAGGGUAUUGAUAAGCUGUGCGCUGAGUCGCAGGAUAAUGUGGAGGACUUUGCGCAGAUCGAUAAGCUCGCGCGGAUCCAGCGGCACUUCGACGCUACGCUUAUGAUGAAACGCGGAUUGGAGAAUUUUGGUGCAGAUAUUCAGGAAGUGGAGGAUUUGCUCAGGGAGGAUGACGAGGAUAUGGAGAAUCAGCCUAAUAUUCUUCGUGCGCAUAUGCAGAUCUCACGAUUGCGAGAUUUCCGUGACGAGGCUAUGGAUCAGAUCUGCAAGGCUCAGGAUCAGAGCAGCGAGGAGACUCUUGAGGAGUACUUUGAGGGCCUGGACUCUGUUAUUGAGUGGUUUGAUGAUCACCUUGGAACUGCUUGUAUGAAUCUCAUACCUUUGGUGCAGGCAGAUAACAGAAGCAUGGUUGUUCGACUUGCUGUUGUUGUGAUGAAUGAAGAGAAGAAUGAUGAUACGGUCCGAGCUCUGCAGGAGGCCCAGAAAGAUCACAAGGAUCUGGCGAGUCGGUUCAAGUCUAUGAAUAUUGGUCCAAAGACGGUUCGCGGGUAUAAGGACAAAUUCAUCCAAGCUAUUGAACUAUACGCUCAGGGCCAAUUCGAAGAGACUCUUGAGAGUUUCCUCGGUGAUCCAGACAACCUUGAAAAGAAAUUCAGGUGGUACUUCAACGACCUGUUCACGGUCAAACAGGGCAUGGAAAGCCUUGUCCCGAAGAAGUGGAAGAUUUUCAGAACAUACACUGAUAUUUACCACCGCAUGAUGCACGACUUCCUACUCAGCAUGAUUGAUGACCCCGAGCUUCCAGCCGGCAAUCUACUCACGAUCAUCCACUGGAGCGACAAGUACUACAAAAAGAUGAAGAAGCUGGGCUAUGCUCCAACAGACCUGCAGCCCAACAUCCUGGACGACCGAGAACCCGAACUCGUCCACAAAUGGCAGAGCGUCAUCAUCAACGCCGUGGAAGAAUGGAUGGACAGAAUUUUCAACGCGGACAAGAAGUCCCUCGUCGAGCGUGCCGCAGACGCCCUGGACAACAAUGCAGAAGGUCACUUCCGCACGAAAACAUUGGCCGACAUGUGGCGCAUGCUUCACGAACAGGUCAUGGCAUCGGGUGCCUCCGACCGUGCAGAUCUAGUGGAAGGCGUUAUCGACGCCAUAUUCCGGCUUCUCAAAAGUCGACAGAGUGCUUGGCAAAAUCUCGUUGACGAGGAGUGCACCAAACAUCAAAACGGCAGCGCAGAUCAAGAAGGUGUUCAACUUUUGCAAGACUGGAUGAUUGGUGUCGCAAACGAUCAGAUCUCGUGCAUUGACGACAACGAAGAAGCCGGGGUAUUCGGAUACCUUACAAGGUUCAAGAACGACAUCGAGCCCCUUGUCACUCCCAAGUACAUGGCCACAACAGCAAGUAUUGAACUCGACGCACUGCGAGAUGGAUACGUCGAUCUAAGCACGCACUGCCUGGCGCAGUUCGUGAACAUUGUCUUCACUGUCGAUCUCGACACCGUCCUACCAGACAUCUUCACUUCACGAUGGUAUGGUGAAUACGCCAUGAAACGUAUUACUUCCACCUUUGAAGACUACAUGGCGGAUUACACACCAGUUCUCCACCCAUCCCUCGCCGAAAUUCUGGUCGAAGAACUCUCCGACGAGCUUUUGGUACGCUACCUCUCAUCAGUACGCAACAAGGGCGUCAAAUUCCGCCGCCAUGUCGAUCCCUUCACCGAGAAAUUCAAAGACGACGUCCUCACAGUCUUCGCCUUCUUCGAAAACUACCCCGAUUCCUUCGAGGGCACGAUCAAGCAGAAGUGGAGACUUGUUGAAUGGCUUGUCCAACUCCUCGAUACGGACAAGGGCCCUGCGCUCGUGAACGUCUACGAAGGUUUCAAAAUCGAGUAUUGGGACCUGCAACUCUCGUGGGUUGAGGCUGUGCUGCGCACCCGUGACGAUUUCGAACGCAGCAUGAUUACUUCUAUCAAGGCCAAGGCUGCUGAAUUGUCUGUUGAGCGUGGAAUGGAGACUAUCAUGAGUCGAGUUCGAUGA